UCUCCGAGGAAUCUAAAUCACCGCCAAAUCCAUGACUCCCAUCAGCACCUAUUCCACAAUUAAUUACACUCUCUGCAGACUAACAGACCAAGAGUCUUAGAUCGCAUUUCCAAAUUAUGAGGAGGCCGGGGCUGCAUAGGCAGCAUACCAAGCAAGGAGGCGGAGCCAAGGGGCUGUUGGCCAAGCUUUUGAUUGCUCUUCUGGUUCUCUUGCUCUGUACGCUCUCGCUUUUGUUCUCCUCGACGAUUAGUGGAAGCAGUCGAUCUAAUGAACCCUUAGAGGUCAAUGUGGAAGAACUUUGGGAAAGUGUCAAGGCUGCUGGAUGGAAGCCCUCAUCUGCUCCACGAUCUUAUUGGCCCCCCCCUCCAAGAGAGAGCAAUGGUUAUCUUCGAGUUCGCUGUAAUGGUGGUCUGAAUCAGCAGCGUAGUGCGAUUUGUAAUGCUGUUCUUGCUGCACGAAUCAUGAAUGCUACACUUGUGCUGCCUGAAUUGGAUGCUAACUCCUUUUGGCAUGAUGACAGUGGUUUCCAAGGAAUAUAUGAUGUUGAAAAUUUUAUUGAGACAUUGAGGUAUGACGUACGGAUUGUGGGAAGUAUACCUGAAAUUCGGAAGAAUGGAAAAACCAAGAAGAUAAAAGCUUAUCAGAUUCGACCUCCAAGGGAUGCUCCUAUCAGUUGGUAUACAACAUUUGCUCUAGAGAAAAUGAAGCAGCAUGGAGCAAUAUAUUUGACCCCCUUUUCUCAUCGUUUGGCUGAAGAAAUUGACAACCCUGAGUAUCAGCGAUUGAGGUGCCGAGUUAACUAUCAUGCUUUAAGGUUCAAGCCAAAUAUUAUGAAGUUAAGCGAGUCCAUAGUUGAUAAACUCCGUGCACAAGGUCACUUCAUGUCGAUACAUCUUCGUUUUGAGAUGGAUAUGCUGGCAUUUGCUGGGUGUUUUGAUAUUUUUACCCCGGAAGAGCAGAAGAUAUUGAAGAACUAUAGGGAGAAAAACUUUGCACCAAAGAAGCUUGCUUAUGAUGAAAGAAGAGCCAUUGGAAAAUGCCCAUUAACCCCAGAAGAAGUUGGCCUAAUCUUGCAUGCCAUGGGAUUUGACAAUUCUACUAGGAUAUACCUAGCAGCUGGAGAACUAUUUGGUGGGGAGCGAUUCAUGAAACCAUUCCGAGCUCUGUUCCCUCACCUUAAGAACCACAGUUCUGUGGAUUCUUCAGAGGAGCUAGUUGCCAACACACAGGGCUUAUUAGGGUCUGCUGUUGAUUACAUGGUCUGCCUCCUUUCUGACAUUUUUAUGCCAACAUAUGAUGGACCAAGCAACUUUGCAAACAAUCUUCUGGGUCACCGCCUAUAUUAUGGCUUCCGGACUACAAUUAGACCUGACAGAAAAGCUCUUGCUCCAAUUUUCAUUGAUCGAGAGAAGGGAAAGGCUGCUGGUUUUGAAGAAGCUAUUAGGCAUGUCAUGUUUAAAACAAACUUUGGCAGGCCUCACAAGCGGGUUCCUCCAGAAUCUUUUUAUACAAAUUCUUGGCCUGAAUGCUUCUGUCAAAUGGAUCCCAAGAAUCCUGCUGACAAAUGUCCACCAGAUAAUGUUCUGUUAAUUUUAGAAAGCCAGUUACAAAAUGAAGUGACUAGUGAUCUAGACUCUAUGGUUGAGAGAAAUUCAACCAUAAGCAGCAUAGAAAGAUAAAAACUCCUGCAGAAGCUUUUGCUGGUGGUAUUUACCUCAGAAGUUGGAGAACCAAACAGGCUUUGUUACCGUGUCAAGGUUUUCAGGUCUACGAUUCUCGAGGUUCAAAUCACACCAACAGAGUGAAUGGGAAAAUGGAGCAUAAUAACAUUCUAACUUUUACAAUUCCAGAUUGUAUUGUCGUACAGCUACACUUAGAUAACACCAUAUAUUUCAGGCAGUGAAAGAACUAUGGCACUUGUAUGAUAUUCGAUUUGAGUUAAACCACAUUAUUAUCGAGAAAGGUAGAUGCAAUGAUGGUCUGGUUAUUCCUCAAUGCAGUAUUCCGUGAGAAUGAGAUUAACUUU